UCCAGGACACACGAAAUAAAAAAACAGGUGGACGGAUUGAUUAGUGAAACAAAAGCUACAGACUGUCGCCUUCAUAAUGUCUUCAAUGACUUUCUUAUGCUGUCCAACACGCAGUUCAUAGAGAAUAGAGUAUAUGAUGAAGAAGUGGAAGAACCUAUUCCCAAAGCUGAUGUUGGAGACAAAACAGAGCAGGAAAAGACACGGGAACAGAAAGAAGCUGAUCUAAUCCCUAAAAUUCAAGAAGCAGUGAACUAUGGGUUGCAGGUUCUGGACAGUGCAUUUGAACAGCUAGACAUCAAAGCAGGGAACUCUGACUCAGAAGAGGAAGAAAGUAAUGAAAGAAUGGACCUGAUACUUGAGCCAAAGGAUCUCUAUAUUGACAGACCUUUACCUUACUUGAUUGGCUCUCAGCAGUUUAUGGAACAGGAUGAUGUUGGCCUUGGAGAUCUCUCUAGUGAAGAAGGAUCAGUAGAUAGUGAUCGGGGAAGUGUAAUUGACAGUGAAGAGAAGGAUGAGGAGGAAUCAGAUGAUGAAUUUGGAAACCCUAGUGAAGAUGACCAAAAGACGAGGAUAGCCCAGAUGAGUGAUGAAGAUGAUGAUGAUGGCUGUGAUCUCUUUGACUCUGAAAAAGAGGAGGAUGAGGAUGGAGACAUAGAUGAAAGCACAAAGCCUAAAAAGAAGAGGCCAACAUCAUUUGCAGAUGAGCUGGCAGCCCGAAUCAAAGGAGAAGUGCCAGUCAGACAGGAUGAAGAGCGCUCAUCGCUGUCAUCAGAGACCAAAACAAGGAAAACCUCAAAAGAGAAGAAGGAAGUUAGAGUCCCAUCAGAUGAUGAAGAUGAUGACAUCUUCAAGCCUCCUAAACUGACUGAUGAAGACUUCACACCAUUUGGUUCAAGGGGUGGCCUCUUCAGUGGUGGAACAGGCCUCUUUGAUGAUGAAGAGAGUGAUCUUUUUGCUGAAGCAUCAAAAGGAGAAGAAUCAAAAAAGAGAGAGGAGCGAGUCUCAGUAAGUGAAGGAGGAAGUGAUGUGUUUAGUUCCGCUGUAAUUGAGGAAAAAGACAAACCUGCAGCACCAAACACAGAGAAAACUCCUAAACAACCUGGGAAAGUUGUUCUCUUUGAUAAUGAUGAUGAUGAUGACUUCUUUGUGGAAGCAACUAAAAAGCCUCCAGAUCCAGUCAAGUCCACAGCUGACCUAUUUGAUGAUGAUGAAGAAGGUGACUUAUUCAAGGAGAAACCUGCCAUUCCUUCUGUGGUUGCUGGCACAACUAAAGAAACAGAAAGCCGUAGGGAGGCAGUAAUGGAGAAAAAGAGUCAACCGUCUUCAGGUGAGGACUUCAAGCCUUUAUCUGAAAUGCCUCCAAGAAAACAAAGGGGCCUUUUCUCUGAUGAGGAGGAUUCUGAAGAUUUGUUUUCAUCAAGUAAACCUGUGAAGUCCAAAGCUACAUCUCUCCCCACCAGCAAGUCCAUGACAAAAGCUCCACUUUCCUUGUUUGAUGAUGAUGAAGAGGAUCUCUUUGGUGUGGGACCUGCCAAGAAGCACCAGGAAAAGCCUCCAGAAGAGAGAGCAAAACAGUCAGAACCUCUCAAGAAAGCUUCCAGCUUAUUCUUCAGUAGUGAUGAGGAGGAACAUUGGAAUGUCUCCAAGCCAGCUAAACUUCCUUCUGAAGAUGGCCAAAAGGAAGACCCUGCAAAACCGGCUAGCACUGUCAGUCAGGCUAAAGAUGUGAAGACAACAAGCCUCUUUGAGGAAGAGGAUGAGGAGGACUUAUUUGCAAUCACUAAGGAGAGCCAAAGAAAGCCACAGAAGCCAUCAUUGUUAUUUGAAGAUGAUGAUAUUAAUGGAGAAUCAUUCUUCACCUCCCAAUCAAUGCUAGUUCCUUCAGCUGCUAAGGCUGCAGUGGAGAAAGUAAAACCAGCACAAGCACCACUUAACUUUAAUGAAGAAGAAAAAGAGGAAAAGGAAGAUCUGCCAGAUAGAAUGGUGAAGUCUAACCAGGUAGAAGAUACAUUGUGGUGUUCAGAAGAGCCUGGAGCAGCUUCUGUGUCUCAAGGAACAGAUGUUGCAGGGCAGCAAACAAAGGAAAAAGUGGAGCCUUUUGCAGUAAUAUCUUCAGAGCCAGCUGACAGUUCAGAUCUGUUUGCAACAUCACCACCAGCUCUGGGGAAAGAUAUGAAAAGCCAAGCUAAGAAAGUGCUAAGCUUAUUUGAGGAGGAAGAAGAAAGACUGGAAGAUAAUAAUGGCAUAAAAAAUGCACAGAAAGGAGUUGAUGUGGCUUCUGAGAAAAGUACUCGGCCCAAAAGCACUGGGGUCUUUCAAGACGAAGAGCUUCUCUUCAGUCACAAACUUCAGAAGGACAAUGACCCAGACGUUGAUCUCUUUGCCAGCCCCAAGAAGUCAAUGUCUGCAAACCGUAUCCUGAAGCCACCGCCUGGAGGAGGGCUUUUUGGGGAUGAUGAUGAGGAUGAUCUCUUCAGUACUGCAAAAACAAACAUUCCGAAAAUGGCCGAGAAGAAAACUCUUCAGACCAGUGUUGGCCCUUCCUCAGUGAGCAGUAAUCCAGAAAAUGCUUUAAGUGCCAAGCAAGAUGAGACUCUGAAGACAGCAACUACAGAGAAAUCUACAGGUCCUGUUCCCAUUAAAACCAAAGAGCCUUCAUCUCGGAUUGGAAAGCUACAAGCUAGCUUAGCUAUUAACCCUUCAGCCUUACUACCUGGUGCAAUGCCUAAGGUCUCCAAUGUCAAGUCCCCCUUACCAGUGCUGGACACUCCAUUACAUGAGCCUAAGGAGGUACAGAGCAGUGAAGCCUUCUCUGCUGCAGGAAGCAAUGAAGAACUCGGCGUAAGCUUUGAUCAGCCCAUGCAAGCAGACACCUUGCACAACGCCAAUAAGACCAGGAUCAGGGUUCCAGGGAAGCGCAGACCCCCUAGCAGAAUGGCACGCCGUCUGGCUGCCCAGGAGGCUGAAGUCAGUGAGGAGGUGGACACUACUAAAGAGUCACAAGUCUCUCUACCAAAACAGACAGUAGUGAACAUAAAGGAGCCUCUUGCUGGUGAAGCAGAGUCCAAGGAAAAUGGCUUUCUCUCUAGCUUAUCACUACCAGCUGACAGCAGUGUUUCAUCUGCUGGGACAAACAAACUCCUUCCUCCAGAAUCCACAGAAAAUGAGGAUGAUCUGUUUGAAUCUGAAGACCUUUUUGCAAGCAGCUCAACAUCCAGACCAGCUGCACAAUCAAAGUUGAAGGAGGGAAUGCCAGACAGUAUGGCUAACAAACCCAUAAAGGGCAGGGAGAAAAAGCCUGAUCUGAGUGAUCAAGACAGCAAUGAUCUCUUCCAGCCUGUACAACAAAAAUCUUCAACAAAAAGCAGCCCUAUACCUUUUUUGGAGGAAGAGGAAGAUUCUCUCUUCACCUCUCAGAAAACUGGAAAAAAGGAGUUGAAAUCUGCUGUCCGCCAAGCAGUUGACCCUGCUUCCCAAGAUAUCUUUGAGGAUGACAUAUUUGCUACUGAGGCAAUUAAGCCAAUGACCAAAACGAAAGAGAAAAUGCCAGAGACUAAUUUGUUUGAUGAUAACAUUGAUAUUUUUGCGGAUCUAACUGCAAAACCAAAAGAAAAGACCAAGAAAAAGGUGGAACAAAAAUCCAUAUUUGACGAUGAUAUGGAUGAUAUCUUCUCUAGCAGCCAAGUCAAGAUACCUACUCCUAAAACCAGACCUUCCCAAGCAACCUCAGAAGCAAAAUCUGAGAGCAAGACCCUGAGUACAUUUGAUGACCCGCUGAAUGCCUUUGGAGGCCAGUAGUCAAGGGGAUGUGUUGACAGAAGCAGCCUUCCUUAGCCCUGUCCAGUACUAAUACUCUGGAAUCUCUAAUUCAGUACAGCUGGAAUGAGAUGGACAUGGAUAUUUAAAUGAGAUUACCCAUUUAAAAUGGUUAGUAUUCUCUUGUGCUUGUUUAAUUCUGCUAAAUUAUAUAUUUUUUAAAAAAUACAGUAACCUCCUGCUAUCAUGUUUUCCAUGGUGCCGAGAUGAAUACAGCCUGUGCAAUACCUGCAAUGAAGUAAUCUAUUAUAUAAAGUAUAGUUUGUUUUAUGGAACAGAUCUAUAGAUAAAAUAAUUGAUAAAUAGUAA